UUCUAACGAGACAUUUAAUAAUACAACGUUAAUGGAGGAAGAUAUCACCGAAGUACUUCAAUAUAAUCGCGAGUUGCAAACGAAUCUACAAAAAAAAAUUGGUGCUGUUGAAGCUGCGAUUGCAAAAAAUAUUAACCUUCAGAAUAAGCUGAGACGUCUUAAAAGGAAUGGAGUUGCUACGGAAUCAGCUGAGACAAUUGAUUUUGGACCACCAUUUUUUAUAGAUAUUGAUGGUAAAGUACCACCUAAUAAUGAUGAUAUUCGUUUAAGAGAACGUCCCAAAAAGUUUAAACCCAUUAAAUGGCUCCAACAUGAAAAGGAAGCGUUGGCACGAG